GUGGCCCAAAACCCAGGGCAGUCCUCGGUUCCUCUCGAGCUCGGUCUCCCUUUCCGGCUCGCCCUUUCCUUUCCGCUUUCCGGCUCGCCCUUUCCUCUCUAUCGAUAAGGUAGGCCUUUCCUCCUCCUCCUCCUCCUCCGGCAGCUGCUUUCCAGUAGGAUUUGGCGUCGUCAACCUUUGGUUCGAACUGUUCUGACGCUUCUUUGAUCGUAAAGUUGCCACCUUUGAUUUCGUGACCAGAUAGGACUUGUUGUCCUGCUCGAUCGUUCUGCUGACCUUUUUUGCUCUUCUUUGAUCAAUUCACUGUUUGUGGUGACAAGACGUAGUAUUAAUUAUUGUGAAGAUUGAAGAUUGGUAGAGAUCCUGAUUUCAGGGCUUGGAAUUCGCUAGCAUCUGACGGAUCAUUAGUUUUUCUUAUGGCCAGUGAUGAAAUUUCAGGUUUUCUGUUUGUGAUUUUAUUGGAGGGAUUCGUAGUCGGUGAUUUUGUUAGGGUUGUCUAGAUCGCUCUUGGUCUAAAAAGUAGGUCUUGGGGAAUCUUUGGUUCAAUGGUUAUGGAUUCUGGCCUCCAUGAAUUGUUUGGGAUGAUGAGCGGAUUGAGUUAUGAUGAUUCCCACUCCGAGCAGAACAUCUUCCGGGCUCUUGGAUUAGGAGAACCGCAGCCUCAUCUAGGUCAUAGCAACUAUGCGGUCUUGCCGCAGAUGUCCUCCGCGACCAACACAAGUAGCAAUCCCACAUCUACGGUUAGCACGAGCACUGAGGGAGAGGGCCUAGAGGACGGCGACAUCUUCUACUCGGAUAUGGCCCUUAGAUACAUAAGCCGAAUGCUCAUGGAGGAGGAUAUAGAUGAGAAGGUUAGUACAUAUAAGGAAGAGCUAGCCCUCCAGGCUGCAGAGAAACCCUUCUACGACAUCCUUGGCCAGAAGUACCCACCAUCCCUGUAUCAGCCGCAGCUCGAUGCUCACCAAAGUUUGGAAAGCCCUGCCCGUAGCAGCAACAAUCAGAAUGGAAAAUUCUGCAGAGGUGGUUCCAGUAGCAGCAGCAGGUUUGUUGACAGUAACUCGGUCUGUGAUUCUUCUGAUUAUCAGCGAUCACAUGCUCGCCCGACUUCUGCCGAUUAUUCGUCUCAGACUCCGUCGAGCUCCUCUAACAGCAUCAGCAGUACUGAGGAGCCCUUGGCUAACAUUGUUGUGUCCCCUAGUCUGUUUAUUGGUGGUAUGCCAGCAUGGCAUUUCAAGAGAGGAGUUGAGGAAGCUCGCAAAUUCCUUCCCAGCAAUGAUAAGUUGGUAAUCAACUUAGAGUCCAAUGAUCUUUCAUCAUCUCGAGAGCCAAGGAGUGAUGGUAGACUAGUCAGUAUCAAGGCAGAGGUGGUCGAGAAAGAAUCUUCUUUAAAUGUUUCGAGAGGUCGAAAGAAUCCAAACAGUGAGGACUUGGAUUUGGCAGAGGGAAGGAGCAACAAACAGUCAGCUGUUUUCUGUGAGGGGGAGCUGAGGUCUGAAAUGUUUGACAUGGUUUUGCUUUCUCAGGGAGAUAAAUGCACUCAGAAAAUAUUUGAUCUGAGAGAAGCGAUGCAAAAUAUAGCAAGUAAAAACGACCAGAAUGGUCCAGCGAAAGCUGCAAGUGGUGGCAAGGCACGAGGAAAGAAGCAAACGAAGAAGGAGGUGGUGGAUCUUAGAACUCUUCUCAUCCUUUGUUCUCAAGCAGUGGCAGCUGAUGACAGACGAACUGCCAAUGAACUACUGAAGCAGAUUAGGCAGCACUCUUCCCGAGAUGGAGAUGGGUCUCAGAGAUUGGCAUCUUUCUUUGCAGAUGGUCUUGAAGCUCGCUUGGCUGGCACAGGAAGCCUGAUCUAUCAUGCCCUUGUGGCUAAAAGGACCACAGCAACGGAUAUAUUGAAGGCAUACCAUCUAUAUCUUGCUGCAUGUCCUUUUAAGAGAGUUUCACAUUUUUUCUCUAAUCAGACAAUUCUUAAUCUGUCAGAGAAGGCAUCAACGGUGCACAUAAUAGAUUUUGGCAUCUAUUUUGGGUUUCAAUGGCCAUGCCUUAUUCAGCGUCUUUCUACCAGGGAAGGUGGCCCUCCAAAACUGCGGAUAACUGGUAUUGAUGUACCUCAGCCGGGUUUCCGUCCCACAGAAAGGAUCGAAGAGACAGGACAGAGACUAGCUGAUUAUGCAAAAAGUUUUAAUGUUCCUUUUGAGUAUCAGACCAUAGCUUCUAAAUGGGAGACCAUUCGGGUUGAGGAUCUUCACAUCGAUAAGGAUGAGGUUGUGGUCGUCAACUGUUUGUACCGCUUCAGAAACCUUGUUGAUGAAACUGUCAUUGUGGAUAGCCCCAGGAAUAGGGUCCUCAACACAAUAAGGAAGAUGAACCCAGAUGUUUUUAUCCAUGGAGUCGUGAAUGGAUCAUACAGCGCUCCCUUCUUUGUGACACGCUUCCGUGAAGCUCUGUUCCACUUUUCUGCCUUGUUUGACAUGCUUGAGACAAACGUGCCACGUGACGAUGAACAAAGGUUGUUGAUUGAGAGGGAUCUGUUUGGCAGGGAGGCUCUUAAUGUUAUAGCAUGUGAGGGCUCAGAAAGGGUUGAGAGACCUGAGACUUACAAGCAGUGGCAGGUCAGGAAUCUCAGGGCUGGGUUUGUGCAGCUUCCAUUGAAUUCAGGCAUCAUGAAGAAAGCAAAGGAUAAGGUGAGAAGCUGCUAUCACAAGGAUUUUGUUAUUGAUGAAGACAGCCGAUGGCUGAUUCAGGGGUGGAAGGGAAGGAUCAUCUAUGCAGUAUCUGCAUGGAAGCCUAGUGGAGCUUAGUAUCAUAUCGUCUUUUGGAGAUUUCCAUAAAGUUGUACAUGCAUGCUUAACAGAUUGCUUUAUUUGCAUUUAAAGAGUUGGAUCUCAUUCAUCACGACCUACUCCUGAUGAGGAAAAGAGGAAGGAUGCCAUACUCCGGUUUGCGGUCAACAAACUAAGCAUAUGCUUAUUGUCUAGUAGGUUGAGUUGCAAGUAUUAUUAUUAGUACCUUGAGAAAUUAACAGACAAAUGGAGCACCCAAUGACUUAAAAUUGCUGUGAUGUGCUAAAGCUGCCCACAGCAAUUAUGUGUAUUAUAUGCCUGUUAGAUCCUUUGUUGUCCAUAACGUGCCACAUGUAAUGGGCCUUGUCUGCGUCAACAACUCCAUUGAUUAGGGGUCGGGUACUUCUCGUCAGGAUAUAACCUUGUUCAUGUUGAUCUUAUCUUUACUUGUUUGUACUCGACAUGCAUUACAGUAUGGUGGUACCCCCAAAUUUAGGUCUAUUUUGUAAAUGGAAUGGUUUUUUAACUUCAGUUAAAGAUGGUAUUCCUUUUGCAAAA